CACUGCGGCGCCUUUAAACCCUCCCGGCCCUUGCCCCGCCCCUGGUCCGCCCCGUCCGAGGCGGGAGCAGGCUGAAAACCCCCGGCCCCGCCCGGGCGCUCCACUCGCGCUGCGGCCCCCGCCUCGAGUGCGCAACUCUCCGACCCACGUGAACCCCCCCCACAGCCACUGCCGCCACCCUUUGGAAUGGCCAACAGGGGACCUGCCUACGGCCUGAGCCGGGAGGUACAGCAGAAGAUCGAGAAACAAUACGAUGCGGACCUGGAGCAAAUCCUGAUCCAGUGGAUCACCACCCAGUGCCGCAAGGAUGUGGGCCGGCCCCAGCCUGGGCGCGAGAACUUCCAGAACUGGCUCAAGGAUGGCACGGUGCUGUGUGAGCUCAUUAAUGGGCUGUACCCCGAGGGGCAGGCCCCAGUGAAGAAGAUCCAGGCCUCCACCAUGGCCUUCAAGCAGAUGGAGCAGAUCUCCCAGUUCCUGCAAGCAGCCGAGCGCUACGGCAUCAACACCACUGACAUCUUCCAGACCGUGGACCUCUGGGAAGGAAAGAACAUGGCCUGUGUGCAGCGGACGCUGAUGAAUCUGGGCGGGCUGGCAGUAGCCCGGAAUGAUGGGCUCUUCUCCGGGGAUCCUAACUGGUUUCCCAAGAAAUCCAAGGAGAACCCUCGGUACUUCUCGGACAACCAGCUGCAGGAGGGCAAGAAUGUGAUUGGCUUACAGAUGGGAACUAACCGCGGGGCUUCUCAGGCAGGCAUGACCGGCUAUGGGAUGCCACGCCAGAUCCUCUGAUUGGCUCUGCAGCCCUGCCCCUGCCCUCCGUGAAUGCUUAAUAUAUAUGUGUUUUUUUUUUUUUUUUUUUUUUAGCGUUGACAUUCCCUGAGAACCCCUGGGAGCUUUCAUGCUUCCUUCUGCCAGGGUGGGGGCCUGACCUGUCUCCUCCGGGGGUGCCCGACAGUGGCCUCCCCGUUAUGCUUACUAAUACAUUCCCUUCUCCAAACCCACAAAACUGGACCAACUGGCCUCUUUUCCCCUGGGACCAAGAUUGGGGGGGGUGACCUCACCCCCUCUCUGCACCAUACCUCUUCUCUUUCCUCUGGCCUCUUCCCUCUGAGCCCUGGGCCCUAACCCAUUCCUUAGCUGGGAAUCAAGGAUGCUGCCUGACGGCCUUCUCCCCCAACAAGUAUGCCUUGCCCACAGCUGUGGCUGCAGGGACUUAAUUUAUAGGGAGGGGCCUGUGGCCGCCGCCACCCCAGCCCCAGCUGGACUGCACUCACCACACUUCGGAGGCAGCCUGCCCUGGCAGAGGCCCCCAGGCUUCUCAUUUUCCAUUCCUUUCUGUGGCUAAGGGGUGGGGGUGAGGGGGCCUGGGAGGGAAGGCUGCUCACCAUGGGCUGGGGCUUAAAGAAUCUGAGUUUGCUGAUUUAAAUAAAGAAUCUCUUUUUUUUUUUUGGAUGGA